GGCAUGGACAGCGAGGGGAACAUCGUGCUGCCGAUCGACGACCUGCAGUUGGAAACGCUGCGGGAGGGGGAGGUGGUCACCCUGCCGCACUCGGCCAGCCUGGCGUCACUGGCGACCGCCGGCAGGGUAGCCACCGUGUCAGAGACGACCGCCGAAAAACCGCCAGACAUACACGAGGUGGAGGAGACGGCCAGCAUCGGCACGGCCGAGUCGGUCAUCACGCAGUCCCAGGCGCCAGUGUCCACCUGGAGCGGCUACUCCCAGUCCGAGGCCAGCCUUCUCGAUAACUUCGGGCCGCAGAUGCCGCCCGCCUCAACGCAGGAGUUCAAACUCAACCAGUUCAAGAACAAUUUGGCUGUGGUGGGCAGCGCCAUGUACGCCACGUUCCUGGUCAUGUUCGGACUCAUCAUCUUUGUGGCAGACAUAGUCGCUCCGCAGUGGGAGAUCGCUGAGAUUUUCACCAUUGUGCAAUCUGUCGUCGGCCUGGUGUGGUUGAUUGCGCUGCACUUCAGUGUGCGUCGCUACCUCGCCCGGCUGGCAGAAGUGGCUAAAUCCACACAGGAGGGGCUCGGUGCCCUGGAGCGUCAGCUGAUCCUGGAGCCGACUGAGGUGGAAGGCGAGUACCGGGUGCGCAUGCCGUUCAAGCAGACUGCCUCCGAGAUGAUUCGCUGCCUGUACAGCUUCAGCGUAGGCAGACACUCCGGCAGCUUCUACCUCAAGAUCGGCGCAGCUUGUUUCUGCUUCGGGCACCUGGUUCACCUUCUAAUGUUGCUCUACAAGCACAUCGACAACCUCGUUAUCCAUGGAGACGAGUGCAGUGACAUCGUGUCUAUUGUCCUCUACUCCAUUCAGCCCAUCUUCUCAUUCUACCAGCUCUACAUCACGUUCAAAUACUCCAAUAUUGUGAUCAACCACCACAAGACGUCGGCCCGGUUCGGCUUCAUGCACUGUAUCGCCAGCAGCCUCAACAUGUGGGUGUGGAGUAUCAUCAAGGAGACGGUGGAUGCGGUGGCGGAGCACGGUGGCCAUGGCUCGGACGAGCAUCACUACAACUCCUCAGACUGCCAGGAGUGUACCGUGAGCAUUGCACUGGAGGACGCCACACUGCAGUACCAGAAGUGCGCCUAUAACGACAGCAUUGCCGAGGUGGUCACCAACCUCUCCGGCUACCUCUACCCGCUCACCAUCGAGUUCAACAUCCUCAUCGUCGGUGUGUGGUUCAUCAUUUGGCAAAACAUCGGCAACACCAAGAUCGGUCAGUACCUGACCGGUGACGUCACCCAGGUGGAGGGGGCCACCAAUCAGUCGGUUCUGCAAGUCGAUUGCCGGCGAGCCAACCGUGGCAUGCUCUCGGGUCUGCUGAUCAUUGUUCUCGUCGUAGUGGACAUCAUCAUUUUCUUCUCACUGACCGCCGAGGAUAGCGAAUCUGCUCUACAAGCGGCCAUUUACAUGACCCAAUCAUGGGAACUAUUCCUAACUGCUUUGAUGGGCAUUCUCUGCCUGCUGGCAUACCACCAGCUGAUGCGGCUUGAUAUCAACAUUCAUCCGAUCUCAUUCCUGGACGAUCUCCUGCUGUUCAUCUGCAUGCCGGCCUUCUUUCUCUACGGUAUCUUGAUCCUCGCACCGACGCUCUUCCCAAAAGAAGGGGACGAGCCGACGGUGGUUGACAUCAUGGUGCCGAUUGCACUGGUGAUAGAGGUGAUCAUUCAGACCCCGUUCCUGAUGGACAGUCUACGACGGUGCAGCAACACGCCCGAGGCGCGUCAGGCAAAGCCUGGACGCGAGUACGUCACCGUGCUGCUCUUCUGCAACCUAGCCAUGUGGCUGCUGCAGACUCUGGAGAACCAGGCCAGCCAGGACACACUGUGUGUCCACUUUUACGGCAACUUCACGUGGACGCUGCUGAAGCACGCCACCACACCACUGUGCCUGUUCUACAGAUUCCAUUCGUCCGUCUGCCUGGCAGAUAUAUGGAAGUCGGCUUAUGAACCGGGAAACUAGUAGACCGUGAUUAAAGAACGAAUAGAGAUUGUAGGUUGUGAAAGCGAGUCGCAAAAGGGCGACACGAAAGGGAAGAUACGUGUACAGUGCGCAAUGAAUUGUUCGAGAUCAGGCUGACAUGAAAUAAUAUUUGGCUGAGUUGUGCUCGAAUGAUGAAUACUAAAAGGCGAUAGAGCAGCAUGACGUACAGUGUACACGCGUGUACCUACCUAUCGUAACACUGAAAAACUGUUUAUUCGCACUUACCGACUUGUUUAUGCAUUGUAUUUAGUGUGUUUGGGUGUCCGUUGUAGGCAAUCAGCAUCCAUGAGCAAUGAACAAUAUUAGCUUGCCUAAAGGUGUCCACGGAAGGUAGUGCAGUCUAUUGCAAUCGAGUCUUUAUGAGACGCUAUGCAAGUGUCUAACACCUAGUCUGCAAGCUUUAGUGUCUAUAUUACUUAGUAUUUAGUUUACUUGUAAAUCGUGACUUUAGCUCCUAAAUAGUGAAUAUGAAUGAAGCGAUGAUACAAAAAUAUUUCAUUCAUAGCAUCGGCGACUAGAUUUCCCCCAUUGUGCCUCUUGACUAUAAGGUUUUAGUUCAAGCUAUAUGUAUCUACAGUAGUUUCUACCUAUACUUCAUUGUUAUUAUAGUAUGUGCAACCGAGUGGGCGGGUCCCAUUGGUUUGCGCGAUUGAAUCAUGUAUCUGUCUGGGUGCGAAUUGCGAACACGACUGUGAGACUGACGCUUUCUACGAGCUCUUUAUGGGUGUUUUAUUUUUCGGGAGGCUGGCGCACCAAUUAGAUGCCAUGAGAUGGUAUGUUAUGAUCAAGCGUAGCUAAAUGUGUCCUGUGAAUGUCGGUAAGACGUUAAGAAGUUAUGAACUGAAUAUGCUUGAUGUAUCGGGUAGUGCGAUUGCCUAUGGUGCAGAACGGUGUCCCGCUGGUCGGUUAGCAAUGCUGCAGAUGUGCCAGCGUAUGAGUCAAAAUCAAUGAUAGCCAGGGGUGUCGAUUUUUCAAAAUGGUUGGGGGUGCUCAACCCCUGCA